GGGGAGCCCAUUAAACGCGAGCAACUUUUUGCAUACACAAACGGGCGGUUUUUAGUGAAUGAGAAAGAACAGGUGUUGAAACGCUAUGCAGAAUUCGAUCUUGAUGCUCUCUGCACACUGGUGUCCUCAUUGCCCUCAAUCUCUUCGCCGAUCGAAAAGAUCGAAAAGAUGGAAGGGGGCUUCAACAAAGCGUUGUUGAUGACUGCAAUCAAUGGGAAAGAGGUGAUUGCUAAGAUUCCUUGUCCGCGUGUUGUGCCACCAAAAUAUAGCACCGCGUCGGAA